AGCGCGCCUGGCUACUACACUAGUAGAAUGCCGCGGGUGGUGACACGUCAGCGCCGCGGUACUAGGAUAGUGGACACAGCGGCUGUUGUUGUUGUGGUUACAGUAUUUCCGCCGCCGACGCGGCGGGUGCCCUCACGAGCCGUGAGGCUCCAGAGCACGCUGUUGACGCUCAUCAAAAACCUCAGUAAGGAAAGUAGCGAUUUUCCUCGGAUUGGUAUUAAGAAAUACCUUGCGCAUAUCAGUAUCUUCAACGUUAAUCAGAAACCUAUUACGCAACUCAGUAUACGCCUCACACUCCAUGAGCACAUGAUAUUCAUCCUCAACCUUACCCGACGUACAGACCUGACACGUACGGCACUCUCUCGGCCUAUGGUGUCCUUUGUUGACCUCCAAAGGCCAACAACAAAGACGGAAUUUGGCAACCAUACGCAACUGGUUGACCGGCAAAUAAACACGCAAAUAGCCUGUGGGAUCGGAGCCCUCUCUUGCUGGUGAAGCCCAUCCAGUUAUGAUACCUGCAAAGCGAAACCCCUUUACCUUGGAACACACGCGGAUCACCCCCUUGGCUGAACUGAUCCCAGUCACUUAAAAGGAACGCAGAUAACCUCUCCAGAACCUCACCCACUCGAAUCAACUGAGACGAGUAUACAUCUACCGUCUGAGAAACGGAGUCACACGCCGGCCACUCAUGGCCCAACCAACGCAAAAUGAUGAGCACUUUAGACGACCAGCAAUCCACUUUGAGAUCAGACAGAAGAGCCAGACGGAGAUCAUCUACUAACACGUCAUGAUAGACCGACCCACGGGACUUGACUAUCUUAUUCC